CUAAGAGCAAUUUAGCUUGACAGUGUCGCUCUCUGUAACCCUCACAAUCCUCGCGCUCUCUCUCCGCUGCCAUCGCCGCCAUGAACCUCUCCUCCUCCACCUCAAUUUCCUCCACCACGCGGACCUGGAGCAGCUCCGGCAGGCUCUGCGGCUCCCACCCCCAACUCAGUCUCUCGCUCCCCACCCACAAGCUCAACCACCAGAAGACGAUUAUUUGCUCCGCCGCCGCCAAGAGCGGCGCCACCGUGAUCGAACAAGGUCUGGGCAACUCUCGACCGGAAACCAACCGAAUCGGAGAUCUUAGCCAUGUUUCCGGCGUGCUAGGAAGCCAGUGGGGGGACGAGGGCAAAGGAAAGCUCGUCGAUAUUCUAGCUCAGCAUUUCGAGAUCGUCGCUCGUUGUCAGGGUGGAGCUAAUGCGGGCCACACAAUUUACAAUUCAGAGGGCAAAAAGUUUGCACUUCACCUUGUCCCCUCUGGGAUCCUGAAUGAAGAAACUGUCUGCGUGAUUGGUAAUGGAGUUGUGGUGCAUCUGCCAGGAUUGUUUAAUGAAGUGGAUGGGCUUGAAGCCAACGGAGUCUCUUGCAAAGGAAGAAUACUCGUGUCUGACCGUGCUCACCUGUUAUUUGAUUUUCAUCAGGCUGUGGAUGGGCUUAGGGAAGCUGAACUUGCUAAGUCAUUUAUAGGCACUACCAGGAGAGGUAUUGGCCCUUGCUAUUCGAGCAAGGUUAUUCGGAAUGGUUUAAGAGUAGGUGACUUGAGGCACAUGGAUACUUUCCCACAGAAGCUCGAUAUUUUAUUAUCUGACGCUGCUGCAAGAUUCAAGGACUUUAACUAUACCCCUGAAAUGCUCAGGGAUGAAGUUGAACAGUACAAGAGGUUUGCCGAGAGGUUGGAACCCUUCAUUACUGAUACUGUGCAUUUCAUGAAUGAUGCCAUAUCGCGGAAACAGAAGAUUUUGGUAGAAGGUGGUCAGGCAACCAUGCUGGAUAUUGAUUUUGGAACUUACCCUUUCGUAACUUCUUCCAGUCCAUCUGCUGGAGGAAUCUGCACCGGUCUUGGUAUUGCUCCUAGAGCCCUUGGUGAUCUUAUAGGCGUGGUGAAAGCAUACACAACGCGAGUUGGUUCAGGUCCUUUCCCAACAGAAAUACUGGGUAAAGACGGUGAUGUUCUCAGGUUUGCUGGACAGGAGUUUGGCACUACUACUGGUCGCCCUCGUCGUUGUGGCUGGCUGGACAUAGUUGCACUAAAGUACUGUUCUCAGAUAAAUGGAUUCUCGUCUCUUAACCUUACCAAACUUGAUGUAUUGUCUGAUCUACCGGAAAUCCAGUUGGGUAUUCGUUACAAGCUACCCGAUGGCUCACAAGUCCAUUCAUUCCCUGGAGAUCUUCGUCUCCUGGAGCAGAUCCAAGUCGAAUACGAGGUUAUGCCUGGUUGGCAGGUCGACAUCUCUUCCAUCAGAGAGUACUCCCAGCUACCAAAGGCAGCUCGCGAUUACGUAGAGAGGAUAGAAGAGCUGGUAGGCGUACCCAUCCACUACAUAGGCGUUGGACCAGGCCGUGAUGCCCUCAUAUACAAGUAAACAUUCAGGGACCCUUGUGAGGGUAACUCUCCCUUGGAAAUUUCUGCAAAAAUUUGAUCAGCUGACAUGAAAUUUGUGUAGAUUUCUCAACUGUUGAGGUCUGCUAAAACUCUUUUUCUGGUUUGUAUGGUUGUCGGAUCGUCUCAUGGGCCAAAUUUUUGAGUAGUAGAUGGUGUUUGUUGUUGUUAGUUAAA